AUGGAGAAACAUGAAGGCGAGACUAAGAUUGCGGCUGAAGACGUUGGGGAAGUCGAGGGUUCGAGUAUGGCUGGAAGCGAAAGCCAAGACGUCGAGAUCAUGGUAUCCGAGAACCUCAUCUUCAAGGGUAUUGUCCCAAACAAGUCCGGCAGGAAGCUAUACAGUUGCAAGUACUGCAAUAGUGACCCGAUCGAGCACCGAGAUGGCCGCCCAAUUGAGCAUUUGACGAAAUGUUCCCAAACGAGCGAUGAUCUCAAGCAGAUGGCUCACCGAUGGCUUCUCACAAAGGGCUUUAUUCAAGAGAAGGUUCCCAUUCUCCCAACGCAGCAGUCCUCUCAUGCCGAGACCAAUGGAAAUGAUAUGGCGGCGUCGAGCUCAGAGCCGCAAUACGAGGCUAUUCCUGUCAAAAACUGGAAGCCAAAAACACUCGAUGGUUACAUAGACCACCUAUUCACUUGGCUUUACGUUACGUUGUCCUGA